AUCAUCGGAGUUCAGUUCGACAAAAGGAAGAUUCACUGAAGUGUUGAUUGUGUGGCGUUAUUCAAGUGAAAAAAAUCUAAAAUUUUGUGUAAAAUAGUCGAAAAUUGUUCAAUAUAUUGUGUCGUGAAGGUGUUGUCAUGACGGAUAACAUAUUUUCCAUGCAGCAGCAGUGAAAUUCGGGCUUACAAAGUGCAAUCAGAAGAUUUUUCGCUCCACGGUCUGGUUGAGUUGAUUCGUCGGUCGAGUGGCAAAAAGUGCUUAAGAAGUUGGUGCUUCAUUUUGCAAAAGGGUUUCCACAGCGAAAAAUCGCUUCCAUAUCGUAGCAAUUCCUUUUAGUUCAUAGUGCUUUGGUGCUAGGUUAAUUACACAGUCAAACUGGAACGAAACAAAAGAACGUCCACCACCACCACCAGCAAGAACGCCCGAAAACAUCACGGUUCAGAGGGAACGAUUUCUGCUGGUUCUGGGGACGGCGGUGGAGUAGGAGCAGGCGCCAACGUUGGAGGUUCAACGACAACAGCAGUAGCAGCGGAAGCAAUCGAAAGCAAAAAGAAGAUGAACGGGCUCAGCUUCAGUGAGUUGUGUUGUUUGUUUUGCUGUCCGCCCUGUCCGGGACGGAUCGCCUCCAAGUUGGCCUUUCUGCCACCGGAAGCGAGCUACGAUCUCAAGGCAGACGACGCUGCCAAUAGUAAAUUCACGUUGAACCUGCUGGAUCGGGCCGAUUGGCAGUACGGUGACCGAGAGAAGGAAUGCUUUGAGGCAUUUUUCGCCAGGUCCUCGCGGGGAAACCGGAUUGCCUGCCUAUUCGUCAAAUGCAGCACCAAUGCAAGAUUCACACUGCUGUUCUCCCACGGCAACGCAGUGGAUUUGGGUCAGAUGACGAGCUUCUUCAUCGGACUAGGCCAGCGGAUAAAUUGCAAUAUCUUUAGCUACGACUACUCGGGAUACGGUAUGAGUACGGGCAAACCCACGGAGAAGAAUCUAUACGCCGACAUCGAUGCGGCGUGGCAUGCACUGCGGACACGCUACGGCAUCAGCCCGGAGAACAUCAUCCUGUACGGGCAGAGUAUAGGGACGGUGCCGACGGUGGAUCUCGCCAGCCGAUACGAGGUCGGCGCUGUCAUUCUGCACUCCCCCCUGAUGUCCGGCAUGCGGGUGGCGUUCCCGGCGACAAAGCGGACGUGGUUCUUUGAUGCUUUCCCCAGUAUCGACAAAGUACCCAAAGUAACCUCGCCGGUGCUGGUGAUACACGGUACCGAGGACGAGGUGAUUGACUUCUCCCACGGAAUGACAAUCUACGAAAAGUGCCCCCGAGCGGUUGAGCCCCUGUGGGUGGAAGGGGCCGGACACAACGACGUAGAAAUGUACAGCCAAUAUCUCGAGCGACUGAAGCAAUUUGUCUCGGUGGAACUGGUCAACUGACAAAAGCUGAACAAAGGCGGUGGCAGGAGUGGUGACGAUGGAGGAGGAGGAG